AUGUCUUCGCCGCGUGUUAUACCGGCCACUCCUCGGGUCAUCUCGCCGUCACCAACACCGUCAGAUGCCAUAGAGAACGAUGAUGGUUAUAGUGCUCCGACGACACGUUCAGCUGCGCGGCGACAACGUCACAACAGCACCCGACCAAUCCCAGAGGAAGAAAACGCUGAGGAUAAAGAUGAGCACCAUGCGCGUUCAGCGUCACGGAAGACAUCUCGAUCUGACAACAGCACCCGGAGACGUAUGUCGAAUGCGAAAGCAUCCUCAACCUCGUCGUCACCGGUAGCCAAAUCGCAGCCUUUAACAAAUGGAUAUCUAUCUCCGAACGGUCAUUUAUCUCCGCCAUCCAAUUUUCAAGAUCGCUGGCGUAACCUUUCCAGAUCUCCGUCGCCACUGGGCCUAAUUCCGUUACACCAACACUAUCGAACGUUUAUCCACAAGCAUGAAAUCCCUCGCAAAAUGCUCCACGUGUCUAUUGGCUUCUUCACGCUAGAUUUCUACAGACGUGGGAUACAAACAUCUGCGAUAACCCCAUGGCUGUUAUCUGCACUUAUUCCUAUUGCUGCAACUGAUAUACUGCGACACAAAUCAGAUCGCAUCAACCGACUUUACGUCCGCUCUUUGGGGGCACUUAUGCGAGAAUCCGAAGUCAGCGGCUAUAACGGCGUGAUCUGGUACCUUCUAGGCGCAUUCAUUGUGCUACGCUUUUUCCCCAAGGAUGUCGGUGUCAUGGGCGUUCUUUUGUUAAGUUGGUGCGACACUGCCGCAUCCACAUUCGGCCGACUAUACGGUCGACACACCAUUUCCUUGCGUCGCGGAAAAAGCCUUGCUGGCACGCUGGCUGCCUGGCUGACUGGCGUUGUCACCGCCGCUUUAUUCUGGGGCUGGUUUGUCCCAACUAUUGGCGCUUUCCCCGAUGAUCCAGAGGACGCAUUCAUGUUCACGGGUCGUUUGAACCUCAUUCCCGACGCAGUGCGCAACUUGGUCGGGUGGAACCCGUCCGAUGCAAACUCAGGCAGCAUCAUCACGGGCUCAUUGGCGCUAGGUGUCAUGAGUGUAGUUUCAGGCAUCAUUGCCGCUGGCAGUGAAAUGAUUGACUUCUUUGGCUGGGACGAUAAUCUCACUAUCCCCAUUUUGAGUGGUGUUGGAUUGUGGGGGUUUCUCAAGGUCUUUGGCUGA